AUGGCGAGCAAGUCUACUAGUCCAAGUGCUGCUCUGCUUAACGACAGCAUAAAGAGCCUUGUCUCGAAACACUUACCAGAUGAUUACAAAAGAGUAACCGAUGAUGAUUUAUACAGGCACUCAUCACAAUAUCGCCAUUGGUCGUAUACUGUAGGACACCUACGGGAGAAGAGGAUAGAAACAAAUUUAAAGGCAGUGAAACUUAUCCAGGCGAAACUGCAAAAAUUUAUUGAUGAGCAAGGCGACAACAUAUCUCAGAGUGAAUUGCAGACUUUGAAAUCGAAGGCAGUUCCCUUGACUAUGGAAGAGGAGUUAAAACUGGUUAAUUUUUACACAAAAAAAGUUCAAGUUAUAGGCAAACAUUUAAACCUACCAACUGAAGUAAUUGCUACCUCUAUAACAUUCUUCAGAAGAUUUUAUCUGGAAGAAUCAGUAAUGAAGUAUGACCCCAAAGAAUUAGUGCAUACCACCAUUUUUCUGGCGUGUAAAGCGGAGAACUAUUUCAUAGGUGUUGAUUCCUUUGCCAAAAAGGCCAAAUCAACGAAGGAUGAAAUAUUAAAAUACGAGUUUAAACUUCUGGAGAGCUUGAAGUUUACUCUUUUGAACCAUCACCCGUACAAACCCUUGCAUGGGUUUUUCUUGGAUAUCCAACAAAUGUUAUACGGAAAGGUCGAUCUGAAAUAUAUGGGGAAGAUGUAUGACAAGUGUAGGAGAAAGAUAACGGAGGCACUGCUAACCGAUGCCGUGUACCAUUUUACCCCGCCACAAAUCACUCUCGCUGUACUUAUAGACGAGGACGAAUUGCUGGUGACGAGAUAUCUACAGAUGAAAUUUGGGAAACCUGAGGAAACAGUUGAAGAAACAGGUACAGAGAUAGUUACUCCGGCAAAAGAGAAUGCCCAGAAGGAGAAACAAGAAGUGAAACAAGAAGUGAAGCAAGAAGUGAAACAAGAGGGAGAGAAGUCCGAACAGAACGGAAAGCCAGAGGACCAUCCGAACACGGAGAAAGAAGAAGAAGGAGCUGAAACUAAACAAGAAGAAGAAGAAGAAGAAGCGGAGGUGCCUGACGGAAAAGACGAAAACACUAUUGAGCUUGACAAACUGAUGGAGCAGAUAAUGGCUUGCAAAGAAAUGAUCGCAUCAAUGAGUGUAGUUUCCACUCAGGAUGCAAAGUUGAUAUACGCCAAGAAUUACUACUGUCAGUACCCUGAUAUUGUCAUUCAAAAACUGAAGAGGAAGCAGGAACAAGAACAGGAGCAAGUGGGAUCCGAGUCGAAGGAAACGACCGAGGAAGUCUCUCCAAUGAAAAAGCAAAAGACAGACGUAUAG